CCGGACGCCGCGGCCGUCGACACCGGACGCGCCGCCCGCCGCCGCCGCCCGCCGAUUCCGUUGGACUAUGGUUUGAUGUUUUCUGUUUCUGAGUGGACAUGAAGACCUUGUAUGAAGAGCACGAAGUGUAAAUGGUGCUAUACCUCAGCGCUUGCCCGGCGUGAGGUGUCCCCAGAACGAUGAACGACGACUCAGACUCGAUACUAGACGACGAAGAACGUAGCAUCUUUCAGCCCUUCACGCGAGAGACACUAGCGGCCAUCGAAGCUCGCAUCGAUGAAGAAAAUGCAAAGAAAAAGGAACUACAAAAGAAGAAGGAAGAAGGAGAGUCGCAGGAGACAUCCAUUAGAGGAAGGAGAAGAAAAAAGAAAGAACGCCGCAGAGCAUCCGCUUACGCCGCGCCGUCGGUACACGAAACAGACGAGGUGGUGUACCAGGACGAGGACGAGGACGACGGUCCCCAGCCGGACCCGACCCUGGAGGCCGGCAACAACCUGCCGAUGCGCAUCAAGCCCGACUUUCCGCCCGAGCUGAUCGGCGUCCCCAUCGAGGAUAUCGACCCCUUCUACCACAACCAGCGGACGUUCGUGGUGGUGAACAAGGGGCUCGAUAUAUAUCGAUUCAGUGCCUCAGCAGCGUUGUGGAUCCUGGACCCGUUCAACUCGAUCCGUCGGUCAGCUAUCUACAUCCUGACUCACUCCCUGUUCUCAUUGAUCAUCAUGAUGACCAUCAUCUCCAACUGCGUCGUCAUGGUCAUGCCGGCCAGUGAGACCAUUGAAGCCAGCGAAGUUUUGUUCACGGCGAUUUACACGUUCGAGUCUGUUGUGAAGCUCAUGGCCAGGGGGUUUAUUUUAGCUCCGUUCACAUAUCUGCGGGACGCGUGGAACUGGCUCGACUUCGUUGUGAUAGCUUUAGCAUUCGUUACCAUGGGUGUAAAUUUGGGAAACCUUGCUGCCUUGCGGACGUUUCGAGUCCUACGUGCUCUCAAGACCGUGGCGAUUGUGCCUGGUUUGAAAACUAUUGUUGGUGCGGUGAUAGAAUCAGUGAAGAACCUGCGUGAUGUCAUCAUAUUGACUAUGUUCUCCUUGUCCGUGUUCGCCUUAGUUGGACUGCAAAUUUAUAUGGGUGUGUUGACGCAGAAGUGCGUAGAGAACUUCGUGAACGAUACAGUUGUGAUCGAGAACGGCACUCAGCGAACGGUGCACUACGUCAUGUCCGACGCCGAGUGGUACGCCUGGAGCUCAAACUCCAGUCACUGGAUUCCGGACGAAAACAGCGUCAUGGGAGACUACAAGCUGUGCGGGAACUCGUCUGGCGCAAGCAACUGCCCAGCAGGCUACACGUGUUUGGUUGGCUUCGGGCCAAAUCCCAACUACGGCUACACCAACUUUGAUACCUUCGGCUACGCCCUGCUGGCGUCCUUCAGGCUGAUGACCCAGGAUUACUGGGAAGAUCUCUACCAGCUGGUCCUGCGAACGGCGGGACCCAUCCACCUCGUCUUCUUCAUCGUGGUAAUCUUCAUGAACUCGUACUACCUGCUGAACUUGAUCCUCGCCAUCGUGGCGAUGUCGUACGACCAGUUGGAGCGGCGAGCGGAGGAGGAGCGGAUGGCCGAAGAAGCUGCAGUCGCCGAGCGCGAACGAAAGGAGGAGGCGAAGGCGGAGCGGGCGGAAGCCCACCGGCGUGGGAAGGGGGACGGGGAGAGCGUGGGACGCUCCCCUUCCCAGCACACUUGUCACAGCGAUGAGCUGUUCGUCGGCCAGGAGAAGGAGCACGACAACAACCGCGAGAGGAUGAGUAUCAAGUCCGAGAUGGGGACGGAGACGACGGUCGACCAAAAGCCCAGAGCCAAUGGCAAGAUCGCUAGGAAGGGGAGCUUGAGCCUGCCCGGCUCCCCGUUCAACAUCCGGCGCGGCUCGCGCGGCAGUCACCAGCUGACGUGGCGCGCCGCCAACGGCCGCAAGCUCGGCGACCGCAAGCCGCUCGUGCUGUCCACCUACAUGGACGCGCAGGAGCACCUGCCGUAUGCCGACGACUCGGCGGCCGUGACGCCCAUGUCGGAGGAGAACGGCACCAUGGUGCUGCCCGUGUACCAGCAGCCGGGCAGCCUGCUCGCCGGCUCGCGACACGGCUCGUACACGUCGCACGGCUCGCGUCGCUCGUACAACUCGCACGGCGACCUGCUCAAUGGAAGAGGCCUUACCAAGGAGUGGCAGCUGCGCUCGCGGCGCGCCGCGCCGGCCGACGCCGCCGACAGCCAGACGGACGGCGAGCCGCCGACCGCUGAGGACUUCCAGGCCAAGGCCAGACUCUCGGACAACCCGUUCGUCGAACCCUCGCAGAAAAAUAACUCGGUCGACAUGAAAGAUUUGAUGGUCCUGAACAACAUCAUCGAACAGGCAUCUCAAGCCAGGGGAAGGCCCAGCCGGCAAAUCGAUGUUCUCGAAGAGGAGGAGGAGGAGGACGACGACGCGACAUUCAAGGACAAGCUCAAGGUGUUCGGAGCCAAGUGCAUCGACACCAUCUGCGUGUGGGACUGCUGCUGGCCCUGGGUCAAAGUGCAGGAGCUCAUCAGCGUCCUCGUGUUCGACGCCUUUUUCGAGCUGUUCAUCACGUUGUGCAUCGUUGUCAACACCCUGUUCAUGGCGCUGGAUCAGCACGACAUGAACCCGGAGAUGGAGGCGUUUCUGAAGAGCGGCAACUACUUUUUCACCGCGACGUUCACCAUCGAAGCCACCAUGAAGCUAGUGGCUAUGAGCCCCAAGUUCUACUUCCAAGAGGGUUGGAACAUCUUCGACUUCAUCAUCGUGUUCCUGUCGCUGGUGGAGCUCGGCCUGGCCGACAUCAAGGGUCUCUCAGUGCUGCGGUCCUUCCGCUUGCUCCGAGUGUUCAAGUUGGCCAAGUCGUGGCCCACGCUCAACCUGCUCAUCUCCAUCAUGGGCCAGACGGUGGGCGCCAUCGGCAACCUCACCUUCGUCCUCUGCAUCAUUGUGUUCAUCUUCGCCGUCAUGGGCAUGCAGCUGUUCGGAAAGAACUACACGGAUCGGAAGGCGCUGUUUCCCAGCGGCAAGGUGCCGCGCUGGAACUUCACCGACUUCAUGCACAGCAUCAUGAUCGUGUUCCGCGUGCUCUGCGGCGAGUGGAUCGAGUCCAUGUGGGAGUGUCUCAAGGUCAGCGACCCCACCUGCGUGCCAUUCUUCCUCGCCACCGUGGUCAUCGCCAACCUGGUGGUGCUGAGUCUCUUCCUGGCGCUGCUGCUCAGCAGCUUCGGCGCGUCCAACCUCUCGGCCGUGCCCACCAGCUCGGGCGACACGAACAAGCUGGCCGAAGCGUUCGACCGUAUCGGGCGCUUCAAACGCUGGGUCAAAACGAACGUGCUCAACGGCCUGAAAGCACUGCGCGGCAAGUUCACCAACCAGAUCUCGGACCAGUCGCGAGACGCGCGAGCCCACGGCGACGGUGAGGAGAGUGUGGCAGCCGGUAAGACCCUGGUCGAAACGGGAGCGGGUAGAGAGCUCGGAAACGGUAAGUUAGAUGGCAAAGCCAUCGCCAUGGCUGGUUCGCCGACCGACAAGACCAGAACCAUCGUGGCGAACUCGAUACCCCACGGCGGCGUCUACCCGUUGCCUGACAAGCCGUUAGAAGAUGACGCCGUCAGCAACAAGUCACUUGGAAGCCACAAGAACCGCCGGUUUGAGGACGGAAGCCAUUACGGCAGCGGUACCAGCAUCGACUCCUUUGAGAAGCGGAACCGAGAGGAUCUGGAGAGCGGUGUGUACGCGGACGAGCUGGAUGAGAACGGCAGGGUGAUCGACACCACCUCGGACAACGUACAGGCCAACGACACACCGUCUGACUGCUUCACCGAGGCCUUCUACGUGCGCUGCCCCAGCUGCCGCGGCAACCCCAACUCACCCUUCUGGCAAGGCUGGGGGGCACUGCGUCUGAAGACGUACCGCCUGAUCGAGAACAAGUACUUCGAGACGGCCGUCAUCACCAUGAUCCUGCUCAGCAGCAUGGCCCUGGCGUUGGAGGACGUUCAUCUCAAGUACAACCCGGUUCUGCAAGACAUUCUGUACUAUAUGGACCGCAUUUUCACGGUGAUCUUCUUCAUUGAGAUGUUGGUCAAGUGGCUGGCCCUCGGCUUCAAGAAGUACUUCACCAAUGCUUGGUGCUGGCUGGACUUUCUCAUUGUCAUGGUAUCACUGGUGAACCUGGUGGCCACCCUGGCCGGAGCCGGAGGGGUGCAGGCGUUCAAGACGAUGCGUACGCUGCGCGCCCUUCGACCCCUGCGAGCCAUGUCCAGGAUGCAGGGCAUGAAGGUCGUGGUGAACGCACUGGUCCAGGCUAUACCCAGCAUCUUCAACGUGCUUCUCGUGUGUCUCAUCUUCUGGCUCAUCUUCGCCAUCAUGGGUGUACAGCUGUUCGCCGGGAGGUACUACAAGUGUGUGGACGAGAACAACGAAACGUACCCGAUUGCGAUCGUCAACAAGAUGGAGGACUGCAAGGGCGAAAACAUGAAGUGGGUCAACUCAGAUAUGAACUUCGACCACGUCGGCUUCGCCUAUCUGUCCCUCUUCCAAGUCGCAACGUUCAAGGGCUGGAUUCAGAUCAUGGCUGACGCCACCGAUGCGCGCCCCGCCGGAUUCCAGCCGGACUACGAGUACAACGUCUACAUGUAUCUGUACUUCGUGUUCUUCAUCAUCUUCGGGGCCUUCUUUACACUCAAUCUCUUCAUCGGUGUUAUCAUCGAUAACUUCAACGAGCAAAAGAAAAAGGGCGGCUCUCUUGAUAUGUUCAUGACGGAGGACCAAAAGAAAUACUAUAGCGCCAUGAAGAAAAUGGGGUCAAAGAAACCCUUGAAAGCCAUCCCUCGGCCGAAGUUCAAACUGCAAGCCAUCGCGUACGACAUCUGCUCCAACCGCAAGUUCGACAUGGCCAUCAUGGCCUUCAUCUGCCUGAACAUGGUGACGAUGAUGCUGGACGAAUACGGCAUGUCGAAGGAGCGUACGCUGAUCCUGGAGAACGUCAACCUGGUGUUCAUCGUCAUAUUUACGGCUGAGUGCGUCCUCAAGAUCUUCGCCUUCCGCUGGCAUUACUUCAAGGAACCAUGGAAUCUAUUCGACUUCAUCGUCGUCACACUCUCCAUCCUGGGGCUUGUGCUGAAAGACAUCUUCACACAGAUGUUCAACGUGUCACCAACGCUACUGCGAGUAGUGCGCGUGGCCAAAGUCACCCGCGUUCUGCGACUCAUCAAAAGCGCUAAGGGCAUCCGAACGUUACUCUUCGCCUUCGCCAUGUCCGCGCCGGCACUUUUCAACAUCAUCCUGCUACUCUUUCUGGUGAUCUUCAUCUUCGCCAUCUUCGGCAUGAGCUUCUUCAUGAACGUCAAGGUCCCCAUGGGCGGCUUGGACGACACAUUCAACUUCCAGACGUUCGGCAAGUCCUUCAUCCUGUUGUUCCAGAUGAUGACAUCGGCCGGCUGGGCCAGCGUGCUCACUGGCAUCAUAAACGAAAAAGACUGCAAUGGGCCCAAUCCGGAGACGGGCGACCCGGGCAACUGCGGCCAGGCUUCGAUUGGCAUCGCCUACCUGCUAGCCUAUCUCGUGAUAUCCUUCCUUAUCGUGAUAAACAUGUACAUUGCUGUGAUCCUCGAGAACUACUCGCAGGCCAACGAGGAUGUGCAGGAGGGCCUGACGGGCGACGACUACGACAUGUACUACGAGAUCUGGCAGCGGUUCGACCCCAAGGGCACUCAGUACAUCGCCUACGACCAGCUCUCCGACUUCCUGGACGCGCUCGAGCCGCCGCUUCAGAUCCACAAGCCCAACAAGUACAAAAUCAUCACCAUGGACAUCCCGAUCUGCCAGGGCGACAAGGUCUACUGCGUCGACAUCCUGGACGCACUCACCAAAGACUUCUUCGCCCGCAAGGGCAACCCGGUGACGGAGACGGCCGAGCUGGGCGAGGUGACGGCGCAGACGGACCGUCCCGGCUACAAGCCUAUCUCGUCCACGCUCUGGCGCAAGCGCGAGGAGUUCUGCGCCUCGCUGAUCCAGAAGGCGUGGCGCAAGCACCGUGGCCGCGCCGAACCGUCGCAGCACCAGCAGACGGCCGUGCUGGUGGACGUUUCCAAGAACGGCCACAAGGUGGUGCUGCACUCGCGCUCGCCAAGCGUCACGUCGCGGUCGACGGAUGUCUGACCCGACGAACGUGCCGCGACGCCGCGAACUGACUCACCUCACACAGGCUUACGUAGCUGCGCACCCAAUAUAUAAUAUAUAACGCCGUAUUUUUAUAUUGAUUCAGCGGUGGUCGUCAGGCUUUCCGCGCGCGCGCAUAUAAGCGAGUAUUUAUAGAAGCUCAAGCUUACGAUUGUUGGGAAAACGUGCGGUGCAAGAUCGGUUGGUUCCGUUUCAGUGCUGUUCGGUCUUUUGUGCGCCCUGUCGUGUGCGACUGGCCGGCCGGCGGCCUGCGAGCCGCGCGUGCCGCCCCGAUCGUCCUCGUCCUGACCCACGCUC